GGCAUCGACCCGCCUUUUUGUCGACGCAGCCAAAAUAAAGCAGGAGUGUAUGGUGCCUCCUGCGUUGGUCUGACCCAGUGUGUGUGUGUGAAUGUGUUUGAAUGAGUGUGUGACAGCAGCUGGCGGAGGUGACAUUCAUCAGUUUCACUCGUUUGGAAUAAAUGAAAAGCUACAAAAUCUGGAUAUUUACAUGAACCGGAGAUGCCCUGUGUACAAACCCAGUAUGCAUCCCUGCCCCAUGACACCUACUUCAGCUCUGAGUUCUUGAACGCUGACCUCAGUGCCAAACUGAUGAUGGACAUAAGUGGCCAAAAGGACCAGCUGUCUACGUCUUCGUUGCCCAGCAUCAACACCUUGGUGGGAAAUGGCUACAUGGGGGAGUUUGAUGCUUAUUCCUGCAAGAUUACCACCUCUCCUCCUGCCUCUACAGUUUCAUUCAGUCACGAUGCGGUAGCUGAAAGCUCCUGCCCUCAGAUGCAGAGCCAAGCCUUCAAGCUGGAUGAUCUCCAGGUGUAUGGCUGUUACCCAGGAUCCUUUGCGCUCAGCUGCCUUGAUGAAACACUGUCGUCAUGUGGCUCUGACUACUAUGGCAGCCCAGUUUAUGCCGCUACUUCUCCUGCAACGCCGGGCUUUCAGUCCCAGUCUGCACCUGUCUGGGAUUCCCCUUUCAGUCCCUACCCCUCAGCCCCCCAGUCCUCUGUGGCUGAUAAGGCCGCCAUGGCCCAGCAGCUCUCCUUUUUCACCUUCAGCCCGGCACCAGGGCAGCUCUCUCCCCUUGGGCAGCAUCAGGACGCUCAGCCAGGCCACGAAGACCCUUUCUUCCUGUCUCCUCAGCAGCAUGUCUCUCCUAUUCAUUGUCCCCCCAUGUCCCUGGAACACGUACCACUGGAAAGCCCCAGGAUGCUGGAGGGAGCCAUGACGUCUCCUAAAACCCACAACCCAGGAUCCAGUGAGGGCCGCUGUGCAGUUUGUGGUGACAAUGCAUCCUGUCAGCACUAUGGAGUCCGCACCUGUGAGGGCUGCAAAGGUUUCUUCAAGCGAACUGUACAGAAAAAUGCAAAGUAUGUGUGCCUCGCCAAUAAAGACUGUCCAGUGGACAAGAGGAGGAGGAACCGCUGCCAGUUCUGCCGUUUCCAGAAAUGUCUUGCAGUGGGAAUGGUCAAAGAAGUUGUUCGAACAGACAGCCUCAAAGGUCGCCGAGGUCGCCUGCCAUCCAAACCCAAGACUGUGGCUGAGGCUUCAUCCACGACCCCCAGUGUCAACAUAAUAGCCUCUCUUGUCAGAGCUCAUUUGGACUCAAACCCAACCCUUGGAAAGCUUGACUACUCCAAGUACCAGGAAACAGUGGACAACCUAAAAGAAAAGGAGGAUGCCGGCGAUAUCCAGCAGUUUUAUGACCUGCUGACCAGUACUUUGGAUGUGAUAAGAAACUGGGCUGAAACCAUCCCAGGGUUCACAGAUUUCUGCACAGAGGACCAGGAGCUGCUCCUCGAAUCUUCCUUUGUUGAGCUCUUCAUUCUGCGACUUGCAUACAGGUCAAAUCCUGAGAAGAACAAGUUGAUCUUCUGUAACGGUGUGGUCCUCCACCGACUGCAGUGCGUUCGCAGUUUUGGUGACUGGAUUGACUCCAUCAUGGAUUUCUCCCAGAACCUUCACCGCAUGAACUUAGAUAUUUCCUUGUUCGCUUGCCUCUCAGCGCUAGUUAUCAUCACUGAUCGCCAUGGCCUCAAAGAGCCCAAACGGGUAGAGGACUUUCAGAAUCAUCUCAUCACUUCUUUAAGGGAACACAUGAGCGGAAAUGGAUCAGAACCAAGCCAGACCCAGCCCAACUAUCUUUCCCGUCUUCUGGGCAAACUCCCUGAACUGAGGACUCUCUGCACACAAGGCCUACAGCGCAUCUUCUACCUGAAACUGGAGGAUUUGGUGCCCCCUCCACCUAUAGUGGAGAAAAUCUUUCUGGAUACUCUGCCGUUCUGAAAAAACAUGAAAACAAACACCUUAUUUGUAAAGACAAAAAUGACAGACUAAAAGAACCCAAUGUGAGGUUUUAUCCUUGGACUCUACUGGUUAACAUCCUUCUUUCACACUGACUGUGCUGACAAAUGUCUGACAUUGUUCAAGAGACCAUUAUUUUUCUAAAAUCAAGUUUGAAUAUGGUACCUGUGUGAGUACUGCAGAAAGACUGAUAUCAGUUCAGUGAAACUGUCACAGACAGAGCUGAAAUGGUAUUAACAGUUCAGGACACAGUUUAUAUAUAUUUUGUGUGCAUUUGCAAAAUGACUUCAUUGCUGUGCUAAAUGUGUGAAUGUUGUCUUGCUACGCAACUAGUAAGACAUGGAUCCUUGGUUAGAUGCAAUGCAGUGAUACGUACUCGUACUUUUCUUUAAAAAAAACUAAACACUAAUCUUUGAAAAAGCAUGUUUUUAAAGUUGAUUUUUGAUCCCACUAAGGUGCUGAGGUAGUAGACUGUUAAAUUUGAAAAGGCAGGCAGAACCACACCUCCUGUUUCUUUAAAGAACUGUGGAGUCCUACUCAAAAGAGAAAUGUUUACUCAUUUCUUUGUAUCACAGAAGAUAGUUUUAGUCCUAAUCGUGCUCCUGUGAAAGGUCUCGGACCAAAGUUUACUCUUAUUUUGAUACUACCAGUUACAAACCUUAUUGCCUUAAGCUUAACAAAAUGUUCUGCCAUAACUCUUGUGCUGCCAUUUUGCAACACCUCAUAAAGGCUGAUGCUGGCAGCGUUCCAGUGUUCCGCAUGUCCAUGUAAUAACACAUUUUUUGGCCUUUUAAGAACAAAAAAUGGACUUGCUGAAUGAAAAUGCAAAGUGCCUUUUAUAAAACCUUAGUCCUAGAACUAUAAUAAGUGACACUAAGUGAAUUUUCAUUCCAAAUAUCACACACAGUGAGCCCCAUUUAUGACAGAAGUGAAAUAAUCAAUUCCAAUGUCACCGUCACAACUCAUUUCAUCCUCGACUGAUGAAUAUAACUUCAGGUCUGUGCCAGCUUUUGAUACGAAGUGCCUGAAGGAUGCAAGUGUCAGUACAGUUUGACAAAGAGGAUACAAUACUUGAACACGCACUGUUGAACUGGAAGGACAUCAAGUGAUGACAGGUGGUUUAAGAUCUACAAGAACUGUUCACAUGUUUUUGAGGCAGUGAAAUUCAUAUCUACAGUGACACCGUCCAGCUUAGAGACUUAAUUAAGUUAAAGCAUCUUUUUGUAUCCACGAUUAGAUACAGUUUACCCUUUCUAUGAUUAUUUGCCCAACAGUGCUUGAAAAUCCAAAUUCAUAUGCAGACAUUUCAUGUUUGACAUCAACUGGUUUCUUGUCUUUGGCUGCAAAUACAUCACCUACAUGUGCUUUGAACCUCAACUCUGUCUUCAUGAAAAACUCUCCUACCGUCUUCCACAUUCUUCUGAAUUGAGCAGUUUUUCUAUAUGUUGGAUUUAUUUUUUAUUUUCAUCUCAAAAUGGACUUCUGAAGAAAUCACAGUGAAAUGUGACAAGAAGAUGAGCAGCUAAGAGCACAAACAGUGUUCAAACAGUUUGAAGAAUACUUCUUUAUCCUACUCUAUGUGUUUUCUUUGGGCCAUGUGUGUGUGUGGACUAUGAAAUUACUGCCAGGGCUUUUGUAAAAUGGUGCAGGAGUAUUAAAAGAGAAUAUUUGAUAUUAAAUCUUUUUGAAAAUAUCA